AUGUCUCUCACUCGCAUACCCCCAUCUAUUAGACUUUCGGGCCGCCUCAGGCAGUCGAUAUUACGCCGGUCAUUGUCCACCCAGUCCGAGUCACACGCCUUUCUACGCCCCCUCUUGUCCACUCGCUCUGACUCUGCUUUAUCAGAGCUGGAAGGCGUAUUAUGCCUGACUUUGAAUCGGCCCAAGACCAAGAAUGCACUGAGCGUACAGAUGGUCGCAGAAAUGCGUGAGGCGCUGACGAGGAUCGAGACACACAAUGCUCGCCUUCUCCUCCUUGAAUCGUCCACACCGUCCAUUUUUUGCUCCGGGGCAGAUCUCCGUGAACGCCGCACGAUGUCUCCCUUGGACGUCUCCAACUUUCUCGAUUCCCUCCGCGGUCUACUUGGCGAGCUGGAGGACGUGCCGGUACCCACAGUGGCAGUUGUAGAUGGGUAUGCCCUGGGAGGUGGGGCGGAGCUUGCUCUGGCAUCUGACCUGCGGGUCGGGGGCGAAAAUACAAAAAUGGCGUUGCCAGAGGCGAAACUGGGCAUCAUACCGGGGGCAGGCGGAACGCAGCGUCUGACGAGGCUAGUCGGUCCCUCAAAGGCCAAGGAGCUCAUCUUUACGGGCCGUCAUGUGAACGGCCCGGAAGCAGAACGUAUAGGUGAGUUGUAUGAUCAUGUGAGAGACGACACCGCUGACGUUUGUGUGGGCAUCCUGAACAUCUACGCCCAAUCGCCUUCCUCUGCAAGAGAAGCUUCUUUGAUCCUAGCCCGCCAGAUUCUGAGUUCUGCCCCCUUGGCUUUAGCAGCCGCCAAAAGUGCUAUCGAUGGCGCUACCGAUUCGUCUCUCGACGCUGGGCUCACAUUGGAGAGAGAAAUGUAUAAUAGCUUGUUGGAUACCUAUGAUAGACAAGAAGGAUUGAAAGCAUUUGCCGAGAAGAGACGUGCCAUAUUUACCGGCCGCUGA